ACGAGCCCACUUCCUCUCUCUUCCUCAGCGCUGUCUACGGAGGUGGCAUCCAUCUCUUACUUGGCACCAUGGCUGCCCUCAGACCCCUCGUGAAACCCAAGAUUGUCAAAAAGAGGACCAAGAAGUUCAUUCGGCACCAGUCAGACCGAUAUGUCAAAAUUAAGCGGAACUGGCGGAAACCCAGAGGUAUUGACAAUAGGGUGCGCAGAAGAUUCAAGGGCCAGAUCUUGAUGCCAAACAUUGGUUAUGGGAGCAACAAGAAAACAAAGCAUAUGCUGCCCAGUGGUUUUCGAAAAUUCCUGGUCCACAAUGUCAAGGAGCUUGAAGUGCUGCUGAUGUGCAACAAAUCUUACUGUGCUGAGAUUGCUCACAACGUCUCCUCGAAGAACCGCAAAGCCAUUGUGGAAAGAGCGGCCCAGCUGGCCAUCAGAGUCACCAAUCCCAAUGCCAGGCUGCGCAGUGAAGAAAAUGAAUAGACAGAUUGUGUACACAUUGUAUUUGUGUUAAUAAAACCUUAAAAUUCUGCCAUCUGGCAUUUCUGCUCUUG